GAGCACGCGCUCUUCUCAACAAUGUCGACCACCAAAACACAGCAGCCGCGCCGCGCGCCUCCGUCCAGCAGAACACUGGCACAGCCGAGCAAAUGAAAGCGAAAUCUCAUCGCCGCGCGAUCAGGAAGGUUUAGAGGAGGACAUGGCUGCUCAAGAGCCCUCUCCCCCGUCCUCCAUGGAGAACAAUAAGCCAGGGUUCCCAAAGAAGAUUCUGGCCAACAAACUUGAAGAUAAACAUUUAUGCAACUGUUGUCAGAACAUUUUGAGGAGACCGUUUCAAGCGCAGUGCGGUCAUCGCUUUUGUUUUUACUGCUUCAACCGGACUGUUGGAUCUGGACCGCAGAAAUGCAACGCCUGUAUCAAGGAGGACAUCUUCGAAGAGCCCACGUCCAUCCUCAUACAAGGAUGCGCGUUUCCCGACAAUGCCGCCAGAAGAGAAGUAGAAAAUCUUCCAGCUGUGUGCUUCAACGAGGGCUGCUCCUGGAAAGGCAGUAUUAAAGAUUAUGAGUUGAGUCAUGAAGGGAAGUGCGAGUUCAUGAUUCUGCCGUGUCCCUUGUGCAAAGAGCUCAUUAGACUGAACGAACAGGAGCGUCAUAACGAACGAGAGUGUCCCGAGAGAACGCUCAACUGCAAGUACUGUAAAGAGCCAUUUCACUUCAAAAACAUCAAGGCCCAUGAUGAGAUCUGUCCCAAAUAUCCUAUGAUUUGUGAAGGAUGUGCGAAGAAGAAAAUCCCCAGGGAAAAGUAUGUCGAUCACAUCAAGUUCUGCAGCAAAUUCAGGACUCCGUGCAGAUAUCAUGUGGUUGGUUGCGACACGUCAGUGGAGAAGGAGAAGAUCCACGAUCACGAGCGUGCCUGUGCUCACGAACAUCUCAACCUGCUGCUGCACUACAUCAUGGGUAUGAAGGUCAGCCUGGAGGGCCUGCAGCCCCAAAGCCUGGAGCUGGCCGGUCACAAAGCACACGAGCUCCACCAGGCGCUCCGAGACCUGGAGACCAGAGUCAGUCAGCUAAGCGCCAUCCCCGGCCCGCCCGGAGCUCCCGUGCAGGGUGUCCCCUCCUCCUCAUCCUCGUCUUCGUCCUCGUCCUCCGCUUCCGCCGCCGCCGCGCCUCCGCCCGCUCCUCCGCCCGCCGCCACCCUGCCCACCUCCUUCACUCCUCUGCCGAGCUCGGUGGGCGCCGCGCUGGAGCUCCAGCUGCACAGCGAGAAGACCAAGGUGGCGGAUCUGGGCCGCCGCUGCCAGGAGCUGGAAGUGAAGGCUGGGACGUUCGAAGACGUGGUCUGCGUGCUAAACCGAGAAGUGGAGCGCUUCGCCACCACCAUGGAGGCCAGCAACCGCCAGCACAGACUCGAUCAGGACAAAAUCGAGGCUCUUAGUAACAAGGUUCGUCAGCUGGAGCGGCAGGUGGGCGUUAAAGACCUCACCGUGGCUGAAAUGGAGGGCAGAUUGCGGGAGAUGUCCGCCACCACGUUCGACGGCGUCUUCAUCUGGCGGAUAUCAGAUUUCACUAAAAAGAGACAAGACGCCAUCGCCGGACGGGCACCUGCCAUGUUUUCACCCGCAUUUUACACAAGCAAGUACGGUUAUAAGAUGUGCCUGCGCAUCUACCUGAACGGGGACGGGACGGGUCGGGGAACGCAUCUCUCGCUGUUCUUUGUGGUGAUGAGAGGAAUGAGCGACGCGCUUCUCAAAUGGCCCUUCAACCAGAAGGUGACGCUGAUGCUGCUGGACCAGAGCAACAGAGAGCACAUCAUCGACGCGUUCCGUCCCGACAUCACUUCCUCCUCCUUCCAGAGGCCUGUGAGCGAGAUGAACAUCGCCAGCGGCUGCCCGCUCUUCUGUCCGCUGUCCAAGCUGGAGGGCAAGAACUCGUACAUACGCGACGACACCAUCUUCAUCAAAGCCAUCGUGGACCUCACCGGCCUUUAGGUUUUCUACUUUUCGUACGACAUGGCGAGACGCUGCCUCCGACGCGGGGAUCUGCUUCACCACAGCGGGAGAUUUGUUCCGUGAUGUCCGUUUUGACACGUUUCCCUGCAUGUGCUAAGCUGUCACAAAUGUUGCACUGACGCAUAGUUCCCGGGAAGGGUCGGUAGAGCUCUAUAAUAGGAAAGAAAGGGUCGUGAAACACUGGAAUUGAACGUGAAGUCCGGUCCAGUUACAUAGUGUAGGUUAUAAUGCAACAUUUAAAGGAAUAGUUGAGCCAGGAAUUAAUAUUUGCUGACAAUUUGACGAGAUGCAGAUGAGCUUGUUUCUGCAAUAGAACGGAUGCAUUUUAUCGCUUGCUCUCCAACGGAUGCUCUAAGGUGAAUGGGUGCCGUCGGGAUGAGCGGUUAAGAACACGCCACAAUAAUCCAGUUAACAUCUCGCGAAGACUUUUCGACUCGCGUGCACGUGUCUGAAAGAAAGCAUUUUUAACUUCAAAAGAGGCGGCCGUAUUGCUUUCUUCGGUGAAAAAGUGAAUCGGGAGAGAUAACGAAACAAGUCCUGAACGAAUACGCGUGUGGAUUUCGAUGCGAAAGGAUAACAGGAGAUAGACUUUUACACCGGAGGAAGCGUUGUUAUGAAUUUAAAACUCGAAAUUCGGCCGAAAGCGAAGUAAAAACGUCUUGAUUCCCAUUCUGACGGCACCCAUUCACUACAGAGCAUCCGUUGGUGAGAAAACGUAUAUAAUGCAAAAUUUCUCCAAAUCUGUUGCAAUGCAGAAACCAACUCGUCUGCAUCUUGGGCGGCCCGAGGGCAGAGUACAUUUUCGGCAACUAUUCCUUUAAGUUCUUCGGCACAACAUAGGCUUUUUUGCAUUUGCUGUAAUUAGUGUAGGUGGGAAAUGGAUUUAAUGACGGUAAAAUGUUCUAAUAUUAUCAGUAGCUGAAUGCAUCCUCUAAUUAGACAAUUUAAUAAACAAACACGCCGCUUAGCAUUUUUAUAAAUUGCAAUUUGCAUGUCAAAGACCACAAAAUAUAGCCAGCACACGUCAUUGCUAAGUGGAUAAACUGCGCUCCUGUAGCGCUAAAGCGUUCUCUUUUCGAGGGUCGAGGGGGUUUUAAUCGUCACACAGUAAGUACGGCGAGGGUCAUGAUGGUGGAUUUCCUUUAAUCGGCGUUUGGAUACAUCUGUGGAAGAUAGUUUGAAGCUCAAGGGUAAAAAAAAAUCGUAUAAAUCUUACCGUAGGUGUCUGUGAAAUAUAAACGGUUUCGGGGCGGCACACAAGUUGCAUUUUGUACAUUUAUAAGAACCGACGACAAGUCUCGUCAUCGCUUUUGUAAAUAGGAGUAUUUCUACGGUUUACGCGCUACAUCGGAGCUCGAGUUUGUAGCGCUCGCCGGCUUCAUGGAGCGCGAGUUUGUAUCCGAUUCCUUUUUCGAUUCUUCUCACUGCCACACGACGUACGGCGCGAGGCAGUUGGCGCAUUUUCUAGGCUGAAGCCGAGAUGUUUACACAGGACCAAGCAUUUGAAAACUUUUGCUACACAAUCGUCUUUUGUAUUCGGCUGUCGGGGGGUGUAACGAGCCAACCAGAAUCCACCGAUUUUAAACCAGUUAUGACGACUAUUGAAACUUCUCUGUGCAUGGGAGGCCUCAAUCUGAAGAUGCACAUGAUAUUUAUAAUCGCACACAGUUUCCUCAUCCAGUGAGUGACGACACCACUGCUGACAUACUUUAGAGAUGGAUAAAAUAAAUAUUAAACAUAACGAUUAUUAUUUCAUACGAUACGCCGCUUCUGUUCUCCAACAGAAUAAAAGCAGGUAUCGAUAUAGUCAUACUAUAUAAGCGAUCGAUAUAUGUAUCUUUAUAUAUAACCAUAAACUCUCAAAACGAAGGAUCUUUAUACAGUAAAUGUAUAUACAGUCGACAUCUAUUUUAUUAUAUUUAAUGCAUAUUAUUUAUAUAGCUGUACAUGUGCAGUCAUGGUGGUUUAAAACUAAUUUUAACUUCUUCUUAGUAAAUUGUCAGAAAUGCAGAUCGAUUUGUACAUGCGAUGCCUUGCGAUAACCUAAAUGCGAUCACUCGAUAGGAGAAAUAGUUCAUCUCAAAACCGCAAUACCGACGAAGCUCAGCUUUAGGGCAUUUAUUAAAAAGGGACGAAAUAAAUGAUACCAGACAUUAAAAAAAAAGAUAUGUUAUACUGUGUUUCUGUGACAUUAUUUGUGCCAAAUAUGCAUAGUGAAGUGCUGUUAGAGUUAUUAGAUAAUGAUCUGUCCUUUAAUGAAAACGGAUUGAAUGUACGUCGAACUCAACAUGUGCAAUUUUAUAAAAACUCUUUAUUAUUUUUCUCUCGAAAUUGAGAUUUGCGCCAGGCGAAAUUUCCAAGUAUAUUACGCCGCAAAUGCUAAACCUUACGGAUUCGUAGAAUCAUAACUACGGGCCGCUGAUUCAGAACGUUUUAUUACUUUUAGAUGAGCAAUUUAAUUAUUCUGGCUGACAAAUGUUACUCGAUGUUGUACGUACCAAAAAGUAAGCUACAAUAAUUAAUGCCAAACAUUCAUUUCAAGUUGAUUUUGACUGCUCGCUUUUUUUUCCCCCCCCACUGUUCAGAAAGAUGUUUUUCCUGUACCUUUAUCUUUUUUAAUUUUUAUCCAGAUAUGUUUCUAUGUAAGAUGCAAAAAUGGUCAUGGAAAAAAAAACAAAAAAAAAAUAUUUCACAAACC